GAACUAAAAACCAAGUUAAGAGACUGACAUUACCUUUCUCUCCUUCUUUAUUUUGCUCCCUUCUUCUCUGUCGGCUAUUUAUCUGCAUCUGCAUCUGCAUCUCUUUCUGUGUUCCCACCCAACUUCCCUUAUUUCCCGUUCUCAUCAAUUCUUUCUCUCUCAUCUACACUUUCGAGAUCGAUUCAUCCCACUCUUCAUCUCCCUUUUCAGGUAGCGCAAAUGACGGCGGAGGAGGUGUUGAACGUAAGCAGCAAAGAAAUUCCCGAUAACAACGGCGAAGAUCACCACAAGAUCAUAACGGAGCACCGCAAUGGCGAUGUUAAGGAAAUUUCAGAGAACGGCAAUGUCGGUGGCGAGGUAGUUUCCGAUUCAAGUACUUCAGAUCCGAUCGUCACCGUUGACGGCAAUGACGCGGCGGUAGAAGAUCACAAGGUGGAAGAUGAAUCUCAACGUGAAUGCGAGGUAGUUAAUGAUGAUAAUAAUAGUAACAUUAAGGAGAAUGAUUCUGCGUGUGAAACGAAGACCGUUGAUGUCGUUGAGAAGGAAGGGGAGAUUUGUCAAAACGGUUCGGGAUCUGAUGUGAACGACGUUCACGUGAGUGACACUGUUGCGGAGGUUGGUGAUGAAUUCGCAAGUGUUCAAAACGGUGUGUCGGAUAAAGAAUCAAACGAGAUUCGUGAAGGAGUGAAGGUCGACGACGAUCGUGAAUUGGAGAGUGUUGAAAACGGUGUCGUUUCUGAGAAUGAGAUUUGCGUUGCUGCUGACGUGGACAAAAGUGAUCGCGAAUAUGAAGGUGUUGAAAACGGUGCGGUGGAUAGGGAUGAAGAAGUUAAAUUGGAGAGCGUUGAUGUUCAAAACGGUGUUGUUUUGGAGAGUGAGAUUUGCGUUGAUGCUGAUGUGGUUAGGGAUGAAAAAGAUAAAGAGAUCGAGGUUCCUGUUGUUGUUGAAGAAGAAGUUACUACUGCUGCUGCUGCUACAGAUGCGGUGGAGUCUGUUGAUUCUGAUGUGGUGGAAGGCAGCGAGUCUAAGUCCAAAGAUCAUGAAAUUGUGGAGAGCAAAAACGUUGACGGCGUAGAUGUUGUUUCGGAUGAGAAGAACGAAAUUGCUGUUGAUGUUGAUGGAGUCUGUGAUGAUGCAGAUGUGAAGGAAUGUGCAGUUGAAGAUACUCAAAAUGGUUUAGAGAACGCAGUGGUUGAGUCUGUUUCUGAUACGGUUGUUGAAAAUGGUGUGGCAGAGGUUGUUGAAAAUGGUGUGGCAGAGGUUGAGGAGAAUGUGAUUCCUGUUGAUGGCAGCGGCCAAUUGGAGAAGUCUGGUGAGGGAUCAGAAUCUCAAGUUUUGGAUGAUGUUGAUGAAGGUGAACAUGAAAAUAAACCUUCUGUUAAAGAGGAGAGCGAGGUUGAACCUUCUGAUAAUGCUGUUAAGGGUGAAGAUGAAUCUUCUAUUGAAGUGUCGGAGAUGAAAAUCGAUGAAGUUGAGAGUGAAGCUGAACCUUCAAAGGAAGCAGUGGAGAGUGUAGCUGAAGUUUCGGACAAUGUAGUGCAGAUUGAGGCUGAUCCUUCAAAGGAGGAAGCAGUGGAGAGUGUAGCUGAAGUUUCGAACAAUGUAGUGCAGAGUGAGGCUGAUGCUUCUGUUGAUGUGCCUGCUUUGAAAACCGAACCUGCGGUGAUUGAAGCUGAACCUUCAGUUGAAACUGAAGGUGAAGAAUCCAAACCUUCCCAAGAAACCGAAGGUGAAGAUUCCAAACCUUCCCCAGAAGCAUCUGCCACCGAUGCUAUUGAUGAACAGAAUAUAGUCACCGAGGUGGUGAGGAGGCCAUUCUAUUAUUUGAUCCGGGUUCCGAGAUAUGAUGAUGAUGAAAAUAUUAAAGAACAGAUUCAAAAGGCACUUCAGCAAGUAGAGGAGAAGACUAAAACCCGAGACGAAAUCCGAGCUGAAAGCCAAACUAAAAAGGCCAUUUGUAAGGAGUAUGGUCAAGAAUUUAGAGCUGCAAUACAAGAAGAGAGAGCUGCUCGGGACUUGCUCAAAUCGAAACGGCAAGAGAUGGAUUCAAUUCAAUCCAUCAUGAACAGAUUAAACAAUGCACUUUCUGUAGGGGAUAUAGAUGGCAAGAUUAGAAACAUGGAACACAUGAUCCAGCAUGAAACUCUGCCUCUAAAAGAAGAAAAGCAAUUGAUCCGCCAAAUUAAACAAUUGAAGCAGAAUCGCGACGAGUUGUCCACUAUUAUUGCAAAACAGGACCAAUCACAAUCUCUAGAUGAUAAAGACAGUAUUGAAGAGCACUCUAAGCAAUUACAGCUUUUGAAGAAGGAAUUGGAAGUGCUUAGAAGUAAUGUUUUGAAGACAGAAGCAAUAACUAAAGCAGCAAAGAAGAAAUAUGAUGAAGAAUCUAAUCAACUGAGUGAGGUUCUGGCUCGGUUUAAGGCUGCUGAUGACCUUCGUCAAGAGGCAUAUGUCAAGUUACAGACUUUGAAAAGGCAAUUGCAUGAGAAGAGCAAAUAUUUUUGGGAAUACAAGAACGCCUCAACGAAAGGGCAAGAACUAGCAAUACAAGGGAAGAAAGAGGAGCUGCAAAGCUUCUGUAUUGAUCAGGCUGAGCGAAUAAUGGAAAUGUGGAACAAAAAUGAAGAGUUCAGAAAGAACUAUAUCCGAUGCAACACCAGGAGUACACUGAGGAGACUGCAAACUUACGAUGGCCGAUCGCUUGGUCCUGAUGAAGAGCCUCCUGUGAUUCCUAAUGCCUUCGUUGAAAGAACUUCCAAAAAUGACUCUUUGGUCUCGCGGUCAAUUCCUGAACAACAAAAGAAAUCAACACCAACAGAAUCUGUUAAUACAAAGGAUGAACCGGCUUCUGAGGUUGCGGUACAAAAACCUGAAAUAGAUCAGACAACUAAAGCUAAAAAGCCUGCUAAACCAGCUCCUUCGGAGAAGAAGUCAAAGGCUCCAGUUCGGCGUUGGGGAGAUGAGUCUGAUGAAGAUACGAAAGAAGAACCUAAGGAACCUGUGAGAACAAAGGAGGAAGAGGAGCGGAUCUUAAAGGCUGAAAAGGCGAGGAAGGAGGAAGAAGAAGCAAAGCAAAAGGAAAUGAAAAGGCUAGAGGAAAUUGAGAAAGCUAAAGAGGCACUGCAGAGGAAAAAGCGUAAUGCAGAGAAGGCCCAACAAAGGGCUGCCUUUAAGGCACAAAAAGAAGCUGAACAAAAAGAGAAGGAAAGGGAGAAAAGAGCAAGGAAGAAGGGGAAAAGAAAGGGAGUUUCUACUGAAGAUAUUGUGGACAAUACAGAACAAGAAUCUGCAGCUUCUCCUAGCUCUGAAACUCUGACAAGAACUACAGAAGUAAGUGAUCAGAGUGAAAAACCAGUUGAGGUAAUAAAAAGGCCGGUGAAACCAUCUCAAUUCGUGAAGCAGAACAAGGUGAAAUCUUUGCCGAUGGCUAUUCGCAACCGCGGAAAGAGACGAAUUCAACCAUGGAUGUGGUGGGCUCUAAUUGCAGUUCUGGUUGUUGCUGCCUUGUUUUAUAUAGGGAAUAACAGCUCCUUGAGAUCUUCUUUUCAAAGCUAUGGUUUCUGAGGACACUACAAAGUAAACUUGCUUCGAUGCUAAGCAAUCAUUAGGUGUUUGCUAGGGGAUGAUACCCUUAAUAUUUAUUAUUACAUAUAUACAUAUAGAAGCAAUUCUUUGGUGCCUUUUACAUUUUUUUGCUUCUAGUUUUUGGUAUGUAGUCAUUAUUAUUAUUUUCUUUCAAACCAAUAUUUGUUACUUUGCGAUGUGAUGCGAUUUUAACUGAUUGAUUGCUUCUGCGACCAAUUAUUAUGGUAAUAAAUUAUUGUGGAUUGUGGGUUUUCUUUA